UUCAGAUAGUCCUUUAUACUUUCAACUACGAUUGCAUUCGGUUCCUUGAUUCUUACCAGAAGAAAAAUGUUCCUGAAUGGAUCUCUAUGUUGUUUGGCGAGAUUGUUUCUCAUCGUUGGAAUUUUCAAUGUUGUUUCCGCUGUAAUAAAAGGAAACACUGAUUAUCAACACUAUCAGCAACAGAUUCCUGCAGACCAUUUUUCAAAGGACUUUUAUCGACCAGACUCGAAGAAUGGUUUAUUAAUUUCUUACACACGUUUCAAACCUGUCACAGACUGCAUGUUUGUUACGUCAGAACCAGGAUCUUUUAUAUACACCUCAAAAACAGAUGACGAGGAGGUUUGUGGAAUUUAUUUCCUAGCUGGACCAGAUCAGAAAGUAGAAAUCAACUUUAUCACUUUCGAUGUACCCUGUGAACACCAUGGAUUAGUUUCGGUUGUUGAUGGCUGGGAAUUAAACGGCGAAGUGUUCCCAAGUGAAAUAGACCAUCGAUUGCCAUUCAAGCAGAGGAGCAGCGAAUUCUGCGGUAAAAAUAUUGGUGUGAAAAGAACCUUUACGAGUUCACAGAACGUCGCAGUUGUCCGGUACAGGAUCCCAAUACCCGGAAAAGGAUUUACGUUGUUCGUGAAAUUCGUGAAAAAUCCUAGACCCUGCAACGUUUUGGCAGUGAGUAUAAGCGAGCCAUACACGCUACGCAAUUACGGACGACGUAUAAAUUGCACCUACGUCGCGCUUUAUCCGAGCACCGUACGAGUGAUCGCACUGGGCGUAGGGGUUUCGAAUUUUCUCGGUUCUGUUCGCACCUCUGAAACCGGUACUUUGCGAAAGUGCGAUGAGACCAGUCCUCAAGAUCAAGUAAUAAUUGGAGGCAGCUAUGGUUUGGACACAUCUAAAGUUCAGAUAGUUGAUUCUAUUUGCGGAAUAGACUCUAAACCAGAUUAUCGCGAGAUAGUGGAGUACGGCGUCACUUCUGUUCGAUUGGUAUCGAGUGGCUCCUUCGAGAAUUCUGUGACAGUGCAAGUUCAACAGCUCAAAAACGAGUUACUUGAUGGAAAUCUUAGUGUCUAAUUAUUAGCUCCUAAACAAGCUUGACCAUCAAUGUCCGAAGUGGUGCAAAUUUCACCGUGAAUGCAUUUAUU